AAGAGUGUCCACAUUUAAUCAAACGACGCCGUCUAUUAGCUCCUGCAUAUUAAAUGGCCAAAGAGGGAAACCACAGCCAAGUAAUGAAUAAAAUGGCUCGCAGCAGGUGAUCUCUCCGCGGAGAGAGAGGGAACCUUCUCAUUUCGUGUUCAAAUUUUGAGCUCUGUAGAGUAAAUCGAGUGAGCUAGGUUUUCUCGUCCUUUGGUGAGGGAAAUGGCCGAGCUGAGAAACAGAUGGAACUGGGAGGUGAGCGGGUUCGAGCCGAGGAAGUCCUCAUCGUCGUCGUCUCCUUUCGAGCCGGAGGAUCGCAGGGCGAGUGUUGCCCCGCUUGUGCGGCGCUACUCGAUCUCGGCGGCCUCAGUUGUGGCAAAUUCGGAGUUUUCAUCGAAGCACGCACUGGCCAACAAGGUCCAGCGAUUGGAGGACAAAGUUAAGGCUGUGAAAGAAGAUUUCUUGGAGUUAAGACAAGAAGCAAGUGACCUUCAAGAAUACUCUAAUGCCAAACUCGAUCGAGUUCUGCGUUACUUAGGUGUUCUUGCUGAGAAAACUCGUAACUUAGAUCAAGUUGCCAUUGAAACUGAGGCUAGAAUAUAUCCUCUGAUAGUUGAGAAGAGAAGAUUGUUUAAUGACUUAUUGACAGCCAAAGGAAACAUAAAGGUAUUUUGUCGUACAAGACCAUUAUUUGAAGAUGAAGGUCCCUCUGUUGUUGAAUUUCCUGAUGAUUGUACUAUCCGUGUCAAUACUGGCAGUGGCAGUGACAACAUCUCCACCCCCAAAAAGGAUUUUGAGUUUGAUAGAGUUUAUGGACCUCAUGUAGGGCAAGCUGAACUUUUCACUGAUGUUCAGCCUUUUGUGCAAUCUUCUCUGGAUGGAUAUAAUGUUUCCAUAUUUGCUUAUGGGAAAACUCACUCGGGAAAGACACAUACUAUGGAAGGAUCUAGCCAUGAUCGUGGUUUAUACUUUCGUUGUUUUGAGGAAUUGUUUGAUUUAGCCAACUCAGACUCAACUUCUGCUUCUCGAUUCAACUUUUCAGUGACAGUUUUUGAUCUCUACAAUGAAAAGAUUAGGGAUCUACUCUCGGAAUCUGGGAGUGCUUUACCAAAGAUACAAAUGGGAUCGCUGGAAUAUUUUGUUGAUCUCAUGCAGGAAAAAAUUGAUAAUCCAUUGGACUUCUCUAGAGUACUAAAAGCUGCAUUUCAGUGCAGAGGAAGUGAUGAUGUGUCAAAGAAGUUCAAUGUUUCUCAUUUGAUCAUUACAAUUCAUAUAUAUUACAGCAACUUGAUCACUGGAGAAAACUUAUACAGUAAGCUUUCUCUGGUUGACUUGGCUGGUAGUGAAGGUUCAAUUGUGGAAGAUGAAAGUGGGGAGCGUGUGACAGAAUUGCUUCAUGUCAUGAAAUCGCUUUCAGCGUUGGGAGAUGUUUUAUCUGCUCUGACUUCUAAGAAGGAUUUUGUUCCUUAUGAGAACUCAGUGCUUACGAAAGUACUGGCAGACUCACUAGGGGGAAGCUCGAAAGCUUUGAUGAUAGUCAAUGUUUGUCCAAAUGCCGCAAAUUUGUCUGAGACAUUAUCAUCCCUGAAUUUCUCUGCCAGAGCUCGAAGUGCGGUGCUAAGCCUUGGAAACCGUGAUACAAUUAAGAAAUGGAAAGAUGCUGCAAAUGAUGCGCGGAAGGAGUUGUACGAAAGGGAAAAGGAAAUCCAAGAUCUAAAACAAGAGGGCUUGGGAUUAAAGCAAGCUCUUAAAGAGGCAAAUGACCAGUGUGUGCUACUCUUUAAUGAGGUUCAGAAGGCCUGGAAAGUUUCUUUCACACUGCAGACAGAUUUAAAGUCUGAGAACAUUAUGCUUAUGGAAAAACAUAAAAUAGAGAAGGAACAAAAUGCUCAGCUCAGAAAUCAAGUAGCUCAACUAUUACAAUUGGAACAGGAACAAAAGAUAGAGAUAAAACAACGAGAUUCCACUAUUCAGACAUUGCAGGCCAAAAUAAAAAACAUGGAAUCAGAACUCAACGAAGCCCAGCGGUCCAGUCUAGGUGGGUCAAAACUUGGCGCAGAAGUGGUUUCUGGAGUUCAGUCAAUUUCCAAUGCAACUGGGGAUGACAUGGAUUCUUCAGCAGUGACUAAGAAACUUGAAGAAGAACUUAAAAAGCGUGAUGCGCUGAUUGAGAGGUUGCAUGAAGAAAAUGAGAAAUUGUUUGAUAGGUUGACGGAGAAGGCUUCAUUGGUUGCAUCACCUCAGCUAUCAAGUCCGUUAUCUAGAGGACCAGUGAAUGUUCAGCCUCGGGAAGUUGAAAGGGAUGGUAAUAACGAUAAAGGGCGUUCUACAGAUGUUCUUCCUUUGCCUUUAAGUGAGGGCACGAUUGCUUUGGUUAAGUCAAGCUCUGAGAAUGUUAAAACAACCCGUGCGGGAGAAUACAUGACUGCGGCUCUUAAUGACUUUGAUCCUGAACAGUAUGACAGCCUUGCAGCCAUUUCAGAUGGUGCAAACAAGCUAUUGAUGCUGGUUUUGGCAGCCGUCAUUAAAGCAGGUGCUUCUAGAGAGCAUGAAAUACUUGCUGAAAUUAGAGAUGCAGUAUUCUCUUUUAUCCGUAAAAUGGAACCCAAAAGGGUAAUGGAUACUAUGCUCGUGUCCCGUGUCAGGAUAUUGUAUAUCAGAUCCUUGCUUGCAAGAUCACCUGAGUUGCAGUCCAUCAAGGUGUCCCCUGUUGAGUGCUUUUUGGAAAAGGCAAGUACUGGGCGCAGUAGAAGCUCUAGUCGGGGUAACAGCCCUGGAAGAUCUCCUGUGCGUUAUGUUGAUGAGAAAAUUCAGGGGUUUAAAGUCAACAUUAAGCAGGAAAAGAAAUCCAAGCUAUCAUCUGUUGUUUUGAGGAUGCGGGGAAUUGAUCAGGAUACAUGGAGGCAUCACGUUACUGGUGGAAAACUGAUGGAAAUACAAGAGGAAGCCAAAAGUUUUGCAACUGGAAACAAGGCUCUCGCUGCACUCUUUGUCCACACUCCAGCCGGCGAGCUGCAGCGUCAAAUUAGAUCCUGGCUUGCUGAAAACUUUGAGUUUCUUUCUGUUACAGGGGAUGAUGCAAUGGGGGGGACCACUGGCCAAUUAGAGCUUCUCUCAACUGCAAUUAUGGAUGGUUGGAUGGCUGGGCUUGGUGCAGCCAUGCCUCCAAGUACAGAUGCUCUUGGUCAGCUUCUAUCUGAAUAUUCGAAACGGGUCUAUACCUCUCAGUUACAACACUUGAAAGAUAUUGCUGGCACUUUAGCAACUGAGGAGGCAGAAGAUGCUGCACAAGCGGCAAAGCUGCGUUCGGCUCUUGAGUCUGUUGAUCACAAAAGAAGAAAGAUUUUGCAGCAAAUGAGAAGUGAUGCAGCCUUAAUAACACUGCAAGAUGAAGGAUCACCAGUACAAAAUCCUUCUACAGCAGCUGAAGAUGCACGACUGGCGUCUCUUAUUUCUCUUGAUGGCAUAUUGAAGCAAGUCAAGGAAAUACUGACACAAUCCUCUGUAAGUGCCCUGAGUAAAAGCAAGAAAAAGACGUUGCUUGCAUCUCUAGAUGAACUUGCAGAACGGAUGCCUUCCCUUCUUGACAUUGAUCAUCCUUGUGCCCAACGACAAAUUGCAGAUGCCCGGCAUCUUGUGGAGUCAAUUCCUGAAGAAGAUGACCGCCUUUAUGUAGCAUCACAUGUCCGCAAACCAUCUGCAGAUUCGGGGUCUGGUACUGAAACUGAUGUGGCACAGUGGAAUGUUCUGCAGUUCAACACGGGCUCAACAACCCCAUUCAUUAUAAAAUGUGGGGCUAACUCAAAUUCUGAACUAGUAAUAAAAGCAGAUGCCCGGGUUCAGGAACCAAAAGGUGGUGAAAUUGUAAGGGUAGUCCCGAAACCAUCUGUCUUGGAAAAUAUGAGCUUGGAGGAUAUGAAACAGUUAUUCUCUCAGCUCCCUGAGGCUCUGAGCUUGCUUGCCCUGGCAAGAACUGCAGAUGGUUCUCGAGCUCGUUAUUCUAGACUCUACAGGACAUUGGCCAUGAAGGUUCCAUCACUUAGGGAUCUGGUCGGUGAGCUUGAAAAGGGGGGAGUCUUAAAGGAUACGAGGUCAUGACUCUUGAGUGCAUUGUAUCUGAGAAUCCAUCGUAGUAUGUUCUGCUGUGUAACUGUGUUAAACCAUUUUUUUUAGAGUGAAUGCACGAGGGUUUUGAAAUAGUCUCAAGAGUGAAGGGAUGAGGGGUCUGAAAUCAUCUUUUUGUAUUUAUUUUGCUUAUGUAUUUCAGGGUUGCAUUGACAGCUGUGUAUUAUAUAAAAACAUGUAAUUUAUCCAUGUUAAUUACAUGUUUUUGAGUUGCAUAACUAACCCUGGUUGCUUUUGCUCACUUCCAUAUUUUAGGAAUUCAGUUUGUGCUUUA